CCUGUUGGUGGGGGGAUCCCCUCACCUGAAAGACUCGUUUUCUAGUCUCAAAGCUCUUCUCUCACACCCUUAUCCAUCUCUCCAACAAGCUCUUGAUUUUAAUAUAAUUUCCAAUCAACAGUUUGCAUUUUGGUGAAGAACAAAGAAGAAUAUUUUCUUGCUUGUUCUUGCCUCCAAUUCUAGUACUCAAAUUUCAUGUCUGAGAUUGACCUCCAGAUUCCAACUGCCUUCGAUCCAUUCGCUGAGGCAAAUGCUGAGGACUCGAGUGCUGGGUCAAAAGAAUAUGUUCAUAUACGUAUACAGCAGCGAAAUGGUAGGAAAAGCCUGACCACUGUUCAAGGGUUGAAGAAAGACUUCAGCUACAAUAAAAUACUCAAGGACCUUAAAAAGGAGUUUUGCUGCAAUGGUACUGUUGUUCAAGAUCCAGAGCUUGGCCAGGUCAUCCAACUUCAAGGCGAUCAGAGGAAAAACGUGUCGACCUUCCUUGUUCAAGCUGGCAUCGUGAAGAAAGAUCGCAUCAAGAUUCAUGGUUUUUGAAUGGUGGUGGUGAUUUGAUCACGUUAUCCUUGCAACUCGUAUGUUUCGGUGAUACUUUACUCUCUGUUUCUGGUUUAUCUGUUUGUUUCUCCUCCUCAUAUUCGCGUUUGCUGGUCUUGUUGUUUGUUAUAUGCUUGUUUUGCGGAGUUAUAAACCCUUUAUGAUCUUGCUUUCAUGGUGGUUAAUUGUAAUUUAUCAGUGUUCUUCAAGACUAAUCUUAUUAUUUUCGAAG